UGAGUAAACAUAGUAGAAAAAAAUUCACAUAGAAAAAACAAAACGUACAAACUACAUCAAGGAAAAGAGAGAGAAAAAACAGAAGCAACCAAAAGGCUAAUUAGGACCUUCCCCCUCUUCUGACUUCUCCAACCUCCCACCAUCAUUCAUCAAUUUCAAACCCUUUCUUCACUCAUCCAUCUUCUCUACCAACACUCUCCCAUGGAGAUUACCUCUAAAUUCAAAGAAUUAGACAAUAAUUCUUCUCCCUUAAACUCUCCAAAUAGUAACAAUAAUUCUUCUACUACAUGUACUACUCCAUCAACACCAAACAAUACCAGCCCAUCUCCCAUACCCAUUACCAGAUCCGACCCAAAUAGUCCUUACCCAACAACAUUUGUUACUGCUGAUACUUCUUCUUUCAAACAAGUAGUCCAAAUGCUAACCGGAUCUUCCGAAAAUGGUUCUUGUUCAUCUUCUUCUUCGAAGAAUUUCGUGAUUCCACCCAUCAAAACUGGUCCUAAAAAACAAGGGUUUAAACUCUAUGAAAGAAGAAAUAGUAUCAAAAAUUUGAUCAGUCCGUUGAAUUCUGCUGCUGCAAUCAACAAUUUCUCAUUCCAAAACGCGUCGUUUUCACCAAGGCAUAAACCAGAGAUUCUUUCUCCGAGUUUGCUUGAUUUUCCAUCUUUGACUCUGAGUCCUGUUACACCGUUGGUUGAAGAUCCUUUCAAUAAAUCAUCACCGUCCAUUCAUGGUGGAAGCGGAAGUUCAUCGUCACAGGAAGAUAAAGCCAUUGCUGAAAAAGGGUUUUAUCUUCAUCCUUCACCUAUGUCUACUCCUAGAGAUUCUGAGCCUCAAUUACUUCCUCUGUUUCCUUUAUCGUCUCCUAGGGUUUCUGAGAAUUAACGAAAGAGGAAAUUUGAUCUGAGGUGAGAGUUAUUGAUUCAAUUUGUCUAGCAAUUUGUAAAACUUUAUUUGAUCCUCGCUCAUUCUCAUUAAUGUUGGAGUUCUUUGAGGUCAAAUUUUAGCCACUUUUCAUGAAUCAUGAUAUAAAUAUAUAAUUAUAAUGUGAAUUUUAAUUCUAAUUACACAUUAAGUACA